AUGCCUGGUUUAGUCGAGGUCACGUCAGGCUCUUCGCUGGCCGAGCCUGUUGUUGACAAGGCAAUAUUCCCAGAUGGCAUCAAAACCUCGGGCCAACAUGCACCCGUGUACUCGAAAAUUCGCCCAUACGAGGACUUCCCGAAAGAGAUCACAGGUAUUACAGCAUGGAACGCCAAAGAAUUUGUCGACAAGCCCGAGAAAUGGACCUAUUCUCUUAGCAACGACGAUGUAGCCGAGAUUGGAGCGGCGGCUGAUCGUUACAUCGAGUCCGGCCAGCAACUGACUGCCAUGUCCAAGGAUCUUUUCCAGUUGCCAAAUUUGGCGUCUCGCAUGAAGGCUCUCAAGGCCUUGCUGCUAGAUGGACAGGGGUUCUGGCUGUUCAAAAACAUACCAGUCCAGGAAUGGGGGCUGCAAAAGUGUGCAACGGCGUACAUGGGCCUCGGCGCUCACCUCGGCUACUUUGUCAGCCAGAAUGGUCGGGGUCAUGUGUUGGGGCAUGUCAAGGACCUCGGUGAAGAUCCAACAAAGACUGAUAGGGUGCGCAUCUAUCGAACCAACGCCAGACAAUACUUUCACACAGAUGCUGCUGAUCUCGUCGGAUUGCUCUGCAUUGCCCGUUCAAUGGAAGGGGGUGAAAGCGACAUAGUGUCUCAACACCAGGUCUGGAACGUUUUGCAGAGAGAAUAUCCCGAAGUUGCCAGGUUGUUCACUCAGCCCAUAUGGUACCUCGACCGCAAGGGCGAGGUAUCAGAGGGACAAGAGCCAUGGAUCCGAGCGAGCGUAUUCUACCUUGACGAUGAAGGGCGACUUUUCGGCAAGUUCGACCCUAACAACGUCACGUCACUCGCGAGGUAUAACACAGGGCCCGACGCCAAGAUCCCGCCACUGAGCGAGGAGCAGAAGACAGCCAUUGAUGUGCUGGAAAAAGUAUGCAAGCGAGAGAGCCUCCACAUGAUACUGCAGCCGGGCGACAUCCAGUGGUUGAGCAACCGGCACGUGUUCCAUGCAAGGACGGCAUACACCAACUGGCCAGAGGGAUCUGUCGACGAGCAGGGCAAGGCAAGACCUGCGAGACAUUUGAUGAGGUUGUGGUUGUCGGUGCCGAUCAGUGAAGGUGGAUGGAAGCUGCCGUAUGCAGAUUCGCACAGGAAGAAAAGAGACGGGAUCCAGGUCAACGACACGCCGCCGAUUUGUCCAUUGGAUGCAGAAUGA